AUGACCAAACAAUAUAGUCAAGCAAAACAAAUUUCCAUGUUGGCCGUAUCCAAAAAAAAAAAAAAAAUUGUCUCCUACAUUUUGAGUCUUUCACCUCUAUCAAGAGGAAGAUUGUACUGAAGGGGAAACUGAUGGAUUAUAUCACCUCCAUUGCCAUUAUCCCCCUGCUGGUUGGCUGCAUGGGAAUCUUCGGUCUCUUCAAGUUUCUGCAAUGGGUACGAAUGAAGGCCUACAUCCAGGAUUCUGUAGUCGUUAUUACAGGGGCAACCUCUGGCCUGGGGAAAGAAUGUGCUAAGGUUUUUUAUGCUGCUGGUGCCAAGUUAAUUCUUUGUGGACGAAGCAAUGAGAGGCUAGAAGAACUCAUUGGAGAACUCAUUGCUACUAACAUAAAAAAGGUGGAGACACACAGGCCUCAUGCUGUAGUCUUUGACCUUGCUGAAUCUAAAACUAUAGUCCCCGCAGCGAAUGAAAUUCUCAAGUACAAUGGCCAUGUGGACAUAUUAAUCAAUAAUGCAGGAGUCAGCUAUCGGGGCACAAUAAUGGACACUGCACUGGAAGUGGACAAAAAAGUGAUGGAGACAAACUACUUUGGUCCAGUUGCCUUAACCAAAGCAAUUCUACCAUCCAUGAUAGAGAAGAAACAAGGUCACAUUGUUGUGAUUAGCAGCAUUCAAGGCAAAAUCAGUGUUCCUUUCAGAUCAGCAUAUGCAGCCUCCAAGCAUGCAACCCAAGCCUUCUUUGAUUGCCUGCGAGCGGAGGUGGAGCAGCAUGAUAUUGAAGUGACUGUAAUCUGUCCUGGCUAUAUCCAAACCAAUCUCUCUCUCAAUGCCCUGACUGCAGAUGGAUCCAAAUACGGAAUUAUGGACAAAACCACGGCCACCGGCAGAAGUCCUACAGAAGUGGCUCAUGCUGUCCUCACAGCCGUGGGGAAGAAGAAGAAGGAAGUGAUGGUGGCAGACCUGUUGCCUUGUUUGGCCAUCUCCCUGAGAACUCUGUCUCCUCGGCUCUUCUUCUACUUCAUGGCCAUGAGAGCCAGAAAGGAAAGGAAAGGAAAGAACUCUUAGUCAUACUUCAGAGAGGCUUCAUCCAAGACCAAGCACAUGCUGCCAUAUCUUGGUUGGUUGUGGUAUGCGCAGCAAUUGAACCAAUGGAAACAUUAAUUAAAAGGUCUAAUCAGUGGGGAAGGUGGUGGAGCUGUUUGCAACGGAUCACUGGGCAGCCUCUUGUGGCAGGGAAAAAAGGAACUGAGCUCAAAAGGGAAAGGAAUGAAACUUCUAUAUCCCAGAAACUAACUGUGAAUCAAAUGAAUAGUACAAGCCAGAGUCUGAUGGGCACAAUGUGUACCUGCUGGAGAAACCAAGCUGCUAAUCCUACCCUCUCCUAUCAACCAGGCCUUUGGGCCAGAAGAAAUAGCAAGAUAUCUAUCUCUUCCAGUGGUUUGACAAGCCUUGGCUUAUCAAGAGUUAUUUAGGCUAUUAAUCUUCAGCACACAACUCAUCCCUAGCCCUUCCUGGAAGGCUCUAUGCAUUUUAAAAAUGAUUUCUUCUGUCCAUUUUACAGAAUUGCUCAACUGUUUUUUUUUUUUUUUUUAAAUUCUGACCUGUGAAUUCAGGUGUAUGAGGAACUUUAGGUGUGGAGAUUCCUUCUCUUUGUCAGGCAGUUUUCUUAGGCAGUUAAGUCUUGGGCACUGAGAAGGUUAAGUAACUUGUCGAUGAUUACAGUUAGUAUAUUUCAGAAGUAGGACUUGAACUCAGGUCUUCUGACUCCAAGGUCAGCCAAGGUCCACAACAUCAUGUGCCAGAUUGUUCAGCAUCUGAACAAUCAUCAUCUUAGCAUUUAACCUCAAUGUUGUAGUGAUCCUGGACUUCAGAGCUUCUGACAUAUCCCAGAUUUUAUUGAAAUUAGAAUUUCAGAGAAAUGUCAGAUUGACCCCUAUCCAAUGCAAUACCAUAAUAAACAUAAGGUGGCAAAUAUUUAAAAUACAUCGAUAGGAAUUGAGCACUAGCUACUAGUGGCAGUUUAUGGCCCAGCUGUAAUCCAAAAGCAGGAAUUCAGAAAUCUCCUUAGGCAAAGGGAGUGACUGAAAGUGAGCAGCACAGAGCCUUUUGGAGGAUGCAGUAAGUAAUUUGUUAGCUCUCUGACUCCUGGGUUCUGAGCCAAAACACCUUUCUUAUAACUGGCUUGAAAUCUAGUGAGCAGGUCAGAUUCUGUUCUGAGGCUUAAGAAACUAUUUCUGUUCACUGACUUCUGCCUUUAAUGGGUCCAAAAUAGAGAUUCUUCCCCCACCCCACCCCCAUCUAGCUACACAGGCCACAGGUCUGACCAGCCAAGUAUGGCCACCCCGAAGUGAAAUUAGCCAGCAUGCCCCUUGCGGGGAGGGGUUAGUCUGUAGUUACAAUUCCUGGGAAGGAGGAGAAUUUGGGGGUGUUUUUUCUGGUUUCCAGCCUUCCCCAACCCAGGCUGUCCUGGACAUUCCAGGGAUUCUUGGUUGUGUUGUGGAAGCAGAUAAAAUGCAAGAGGUGGUUCUCUUCCUACCCCAGAGCACUUGCAGACACUUGAACUUGCUGUUGUCUAGGCCCUUAUCAGGAGGGAGACUUUCUCCAGUUUUCUCAGCAGGAAGCGAGCGAGACUAGCUAAUAAGUGAAACAAGCCAGUACAUCGAUCAGUAAGCCCGAGACCUGGAGGCUGGUUAGAUUUCUGAUCCCAAUUCUGAAUGGAAUAAAACUGUGCUGUAAUUUCACUUCCUCUCAGUAGGGGUGAGCAUGACCAUAGUGUUCCAUUGUAUCCUUCCCUUCAGUGAAUAUCCCCAGAGUACAGCUGUACCUUAAACUUGUAUAUUUGCAAUAUUAAACAAGGACAUUUACAAGUGA